UGACAUCAGGAAUGUUUCAUACAUUCCUCUUUAUUUUCGUGUGACACAGUUCUUCUCACCGUCCUCGACGACGACCUCGACCCAAAUGUCGUCGAGGAAGCUGAAAAAGGCUCCCCAUCCCCCUCCCUCCUUCAAGCCGCCACCGACGUCUGAACUGGGCUUCAUUGCGCACUCACCACCGUCGCCGACGCAGUCCAAUUUUCCCUAUUCAUUUCACACAUGCUAUCAGGAUCGCGCCGGCUACCGGACAGAGGCACGUUCCUCAGCCUCACUCUCCAGGUCAACUUCGCUGCCUUCAUCAUCCCCAAGACCUGGAACUGUUCUCAGCAUGAACAGUGGAACUACUCCGCUCAUCGCCCAUUUAGGUCCAAGGCAGGAAAGGCAAAGGCAAUUCGCAGUGGCGGCUGCUGGCAUGCCGGCACGCAAAUUAACCAAGCCUAGAAAGCAUGCAGAAGUUGCGACCGACCAAUAUGCUUCCCUUUCUUCUUCUUCACCCACCAUGAAUCCCUCUGAAAGCACCACUCUCUUGAACCCGGCUCUAUCGAGGAGACGUACGUCAAUCAACUGGAAUGUGGCGUGGUCUUUCAGUAGAAGAAGGAAAAGUGAAACAGUCCAGCCGCUUACCACGUCGAACAUACCUAUGGGGACGAAAAAAUUUAGUUUUGGACCUGAAGAUCACGAUUCAGAUGUUGAAGUAGAUGGUCCAUUGCACUAUCGUUCUCGUUCUCCCUCGCCUCCUCGUCGUCAAGUCUUUGAUUUAGAUCCAGCUCAGGACGAACUCCCUAUCUCGCGUCCCUCACAACUUCAGGCUCAACCUCCAAGUAACGAAGUAGCUCUACACCCCUCGUGUCCUCCACCACGUCCUCAACCGUUGUCACAGAAUCAACUUUUACCUCCUGAUUCUGACCAAUUCGGUGCUUCACAUCUACAAAGACGGUACAGUGCCCCCGUGUCACGAAGAUGGACAUUGGCCAUGGUCAUGACUAACCCGGACAUGGAUGAUGAGAGCUUUGUGAAGCAAGUAGAGGCCAUGAGAAGGGCAAGUGUGUUUGCAGAUCUCGACUCACCACCAUUGACUGGUUCCGAUGACGGAGAGGAAUAUUAUUACGGCGAAGCAUCACAUACAAGUGACUACUAUGACGACGAAUACGCGCUUUCGAUGGAGGAUGCAGCUUCCUCAUACUACCACACCUCCACGGAUACCCCCCUACACGUCCCCUCAGUACCCAACUUCGCCUCUCCACCUCCCGAUUUGUACGCCCCUUUGCCCUUCAACCCUCCAGCGGCCGAAAAUGAGUGGUCUUCGGCUCUUCAUGCCCUUCUUAUCACCCGCGAUCUCCUCAAGACCGAAAGAAAUUAUCUCGCUUCGCUAUUGAUUUUGCUCAACAGUUCGCCUUGCGCCGUAAACGCCUCGCUUUACCCCGAUGGUUCGGCGGUCUCGCACCAACCACAAUCGCCACAACUCCCAUGGCCUCACCACCCUCCACCGGCGCUCAUGCAUACUUACUUACUUUCUCUGAUCUCCACAGCCCACACCCUUAUUGCCAGGUUUGAAUCAGACCCAAGCGUCAUGGGUGCUGCUACAGCAUUCGUGGAAUGUGAAGAAGAGGUAGAGAGGGUUUUCGUUGGUUGGUGCGGGGUGGUUGGUGGUUGGUUUGUCGGUCCUAGGAAUGACGCUGCUAAGCGUAGGCGACUUAGUAAACCCAGGUUCCCCGAAGGGAAACUGACCCCAUCUCCAUCGUCAACCAAAUUAGCCAGCUCCCCAUCCCCUUCGCGCCGUAAGUCAUUCAAGUCCCUAUCAGGACAUACCACUCCUUCGUCAUCCACGUUGCGUUUGUCAGGCUCACCUCCAUUACCUGAUAUUCCGCCUUUGCCUUCCCCUCCCGUCUCCCCAGCUACGACGGUUGUUGUCAACAACGACAGUGCGCCCCCCAGAGUCCCCCGCGUCUAUCCUGUGAGGCCGCUGUCGAUAAUCACUCCCAUCGUGAACUCGACAUCUACAGUUUCGAAGGUUAGCGGUCUUCCAAUGGCAGACAAGCGCCCACCUAUGUCGCGAAUACUUUCGGAAGAGUGUGAUGCUAGGCCACUACCACCUCUCCCAAACGAGCAGUAUAAGGUACCAGAAAAUCGAGACCAGCAAGGUGAAGAAAAGGGAAAGGAGAGCAGGAUGCAGAAGACCAUUUCACGAUCCAACUCUGCUGUCCGACUACUGAGUUUGGUUGGAGUUGGGAGAAAGAGAACGGGCUUGCAAGUCAACGGUGGUGAGGAAAAGUCGACGAAGCCAAAGCACACAAUUUCUUCUAGCCCUCCCAAGGCAGGCCCGCCCAGUCGGAGCAAGAGCGUCUUGUUGUUUACUAGCUCCCGUUCGCGCUCGGAUCCAACAGCGCCCAAUACCAACGCAAACGAUGUAGGAUCAGGAUUGAAACGAAGUAUGUCAGAUUACUGGCGCAAAUCUGUCCUACCUGCGUUUCCGUACUCGCCUAGUAGCCGACACAAGGUUACUCAUGAGCCUAGUCUGGUACUACCGCCAUUGCCACCACUACCACCCCUCCCCCAGGUCUUUGUAAGUCCUUGUGUAGAAGGCCACGGGAACCGCGUUAGUAAUGGGCCGAACAGCGCUGCGACAAGUAGCGGGCAUGACACAGAUGAAGGAUUCUACUCCGCUGAAGGUGGCGUGCCUCCCUCCCGAAGUAAACCUACGUCUCCUAUGUUUCCCGUUAUAUCUCCUGUCAUUGGUGGUGCAGGCGGUGUGGUCAUUGACGCUCGGACGAACAAGAGAAUAUAUAGUGUUCGUGAUCUGGCAAUAUUGCCUGUACAGAGGGUUACUAGGUAUACUUUGUUGUAUCGGGACCUGCUUAAUCACACGCCCACUUCUUCGCCCUGCCGCCCUAUUCUUGAACGCGCGGUGGAAAUCUCUCAUCGCAUUGCACAGAGGUGUGAUAAGGCCCAGGGGAAUGCACAACUAUUAUUAGCUUCAAGGCCAGGACAAGGAAAAGCACGAGGAAGGUCAUGAUCUACUCUUCAUACGACAAGCAUGAAACGACUUCGCGACGACGUUAUUUGCAUCCCACAAGUUGAAAGUGCAUAUUUUGCUUGCAUAGCAUAUGGUUUAUCUCUCCACAAUCUGCCAGUCAAUUUUUAUCUGUUCUCGUUCCCAUUCUCAUUGUAAUAUCAGCCGUCACUUCUGCUUUCUCCUGCGUUGGUUGCUGUUUCUACUCGUCCACUGUACCUGUACCGAUCUUUUGUUUUUCUCAUUGUCAUAAAUCAUGCUCUCUUCCCGUCUCAACGCAACAAGACACGGGAUUCCGCAUUUCAGCCCUCUUCUUUCUUAACAUUUCUGCUCGACGUCGAAAUUGGCGAUGUGCCCUACCCCUUGCCGUAGACUUCGCUGGUGGGCUGGUGGGCCCUUAUGGUUUGGCAUCUUGUGAGGAUCGUAACUGUGAAGAUUACACCCGUCCCAUUUCAGAAAUUCUCCCUGAUUCGGUCUUUCCGACGUUUUCGUUGAUCAGGCUCUUUGUUAUGUGUGACUCCUCAUAACAUCUUCAAUCAAUAUAUCACGUUGGCGACGUGGCGCCUUCAAAUCUACCUAUCUAGGCUGGACCAGGAAUAUUGUCGCUCACUCAUAACCUCCGUUUUCUCCUUCACCACAACAUCACAGGGCCCGAUCCUGCCUUUCACACUAUUAGCAUUCCACUCCAUUUUCUUUCGACCUUUUUUCAUUCUGGACGACGAUCCUCCCAUUCAACCUUCGCAAAUAUUUGUCGUUUAUCUUGAGAAAAAAAACUUGUGUUCCUCCUAUCCUGUAGACCUAGACUCUUUUACGAUACGGCACUCUAUUCCAUGUUUGAAUCGUUGAAACGUGAUACCCCUCUGUCUCUCCAUUUCCUUUCAUUACAUUACUUACAAAGAGUCCUUGAUUGUCGAUACCAGCAUCACGGGAAUAUUGAUUUCUAUGGUGAUUGCUGAACUUUCAAAUAAUACCCAGCCUAGAUGAAGGUCGAUGGGAAGAGGAACUUAAUCGGCGUCUGUGGUAAGAGAAUAGCUGCAGAAUAUAAUUCUGGUAAACACAAAUUAGUUCUCCAACUCGCCUCGGGUAUGCCUCCACUCCACGAAACGACGCACGUUCUAUCUAUCCUCGUAGCGUCGUGGUUGAACGUGCACGAGCUUAUAUCUUUCGCGCCAUCAGGGAUGGGGCACGUUUCACCGGCUGCUGCUGCUGGCCUCAGUCAGUUCAGCGAAAAGAGCUCCCUCCAGAGUAUCGGGCGACCAGGCGCACAAGAUCAAACCAAAGAAACCUUUCGGGAUGGUGUUCGAUGAUGCAGGCGAUAACGGGAAGUUCGG